AUGAAAAUGGUUAUCCAAAUCUUGUGCUUCUUCCUUUUAAUAACUUUUUACAAAUGUGCAGUCAUCACUGGGGCGUGCGAGAGGGAUCUGCAGUGUGGAGCUGGAACAUGCUGUGCCAUCAGCCUGUGGCUUCGAGGACUCAGGAUGUGCACUCCGCUGGGACAGGAAGGAGAUGAAUGCCACCCGUUCAGUCACAAGGUCCCUUUCCUUGGAAAACGCCAACACCACACCUGCCCGUGUUUGCCAAACUUUAUAUGCUCCAGGUUCAUUGAUGGCAGAUUCCGGUGUUCAGUAGACUUCAAGAACGUAGACUUUUAGCAAACAGGAUGGAGCUUCAGAGGCCUUCCCAGCUGGAGAACCGGGCAGCACUGCUCUCUGAAGUGAGCACCACCCAACGCCUUUAUUUCCCUUCACCACCACAAAGUAUUCUACAGUGAGCAUAAAGACAAAAUACAGGCAGAGAGAGAUUUUUCAAAGGAACAAAUAACAUUGAGCACUGAUUAAGCACAGCCUUCAGUAGAUCUCAAAACGCAUUACUAAAGAGGUUAGGAUCAUUAUCCCCAUUUUAUAGAUGGGAAAACUGAGGCACAAGUAGGCAAAGUGACUUACCCAUGCUCACUCAUCAGACCAGUGGCAGAGACAGGAAUAGCACCUUGGUCUUCUGAGUCCAUGUCCAGUGCUUUGUCCACUAGCCUGUGUGCACUCACCUAACUCCCAUUGACUUUCAAUGAGCUGGGUGCCUAACUGCCCUUUGAAAAUCUCCAACAUCUUCUGAAAGUGUCACUUUGCAUGUAAAAAAGGGAUGCGGUCCACAAUACUUCAGACCCAACAUUUAUUUUGUGUAACAGAACAAAGGAGUUUUUACUAGAAAGAAAGGUUUUCAGGAUUACAAAACCCUCACUCAUACGGUUAAGUGCUUUCUCACCCAAAUAACCCCUGUGCUGUUAUUCUUAGUAAGGCAUGGAGCUUCUACAUAAGAGUUAUGGGAUGUUUGAAUAAAAAUAUAAGACCAGAGGCAGGCUGCAGCUUAUGGCAUCCACUGUCUGAUCUGCUUCGUGCUGUCUACACCAGAGCUCCACCUUGCAAAAGGAGAAGGAACUUUGGCCUCUGUAGUCAAACCCCACAUCCCUGCACACCAACAGCAGCUGCUCCAUGUAGUCCUGUUGUAUCCAGCAGGUCUACUCUGGGAGUAAGUACUGAUCAGGGUGAGUACAGGCUUUACAAUCAGGCUAGUGCAGGGGAAUAGGAACUGAAAAUAAACAGCAGGUGAAAUUAACCAGCCUAGUUUCAUUAACCAACCACAGUGAAAUGCUAAGCUGAAGAA